GUCUACGUAGUCGUUCGUGGAGGGGAAAAAAAUCGACGCGAUAGCUCAUAUAUAAAUUAAAUCAACAUCCUACAACGAUAAGAGCGCGAGCUCGCAUUGUUCAGUCGAACUGUCGGUUUCCUCGAGCCUCAUACUUGCGUGCUCGAGAAGCCUCGAAAAAUUGACGAAAUGGCAGGAGCUUCGGAGAGUCUCGGAUCGGAAGUCCUCAAGGACACGGUGCCGAUAACUAAGUGGAAAGAUUGCGACGACGCGACGAAAGCUCGUCUGGAAGAUUUGGCCGACUCGUUCAGCAAGCGGUUCAAUGUCAGGCCCGAUUUCAUCGUUCGAGUACCCGGACGAGUCAAUUUGAUAGGCGAGCACAUCGAUUAUUGCGGCUACGCUGUCUGUCCGAUGGCGAUUGAGCAGCACAUGUUGGUCGCAGUCGCUGUCACUGACUCGAAAGAAUUUCGAUUGGCUAAUGUUAUGGACGACCUGUAUCAGGAAUUCGUACACGACGACUUCUCGGAUGUUGGGAGUCUCCUGUCGUUGGAGGAACAAACGGAGAAGAAAGCUCCCUCGUGGCACAAAUAUUUCCUUUGUGGUAUCAAGGGUGCAAUGGAGUUGAUGCACAAUGAGGACGAAGGAUACGCAGAUAAAGGAAGCUUUCCUAAGGGAAUGUUAGCGACAGUGUGGGGCAACAUUCCGGCCAAUUCAGGUCUCUCGAGUUCAAGCGCACUCGUCUCGGCUGCCGUUCUCGCUACUACUCACGCGAGUCAGUGUCGCGUAUCGAAGGAGAAGCUAGCAACGGUGAGCGCGCAAGCCGAACGUUAUAUCGGCACCCAAGGAGGCGGGAUGGAUCAGGCAAUCGCUUUUCUCGCUAAACCAGGUACCGCAAAGCUCAUCGAGUUCAACCCUUUACGAGCGACUGACGUCAAUUUACCACCCUCAACGGUAUUCGUGAUAGCUCACAGCUUGGCCUGCCACAAUAAAGCCUCGAGCGGCGAUUUUAACCUUAGAGUCACAGAGUGUCGACUCGCCGCACAGGUAAUUGCCAAACUACGAGAUGAGAAAUGGCAAGACAUCGAGAAACUGAGCGACUUGCAGGAUAAACUCGUCAAGAGCCACGACGAGAUGGCUCGUUUGGUAUUGAGCGAUUUACACGAGGAGCCGUACAGUCUCGACGAGCUCUGCGAAAUACUUGAGACGACGCAGCAAAAUCUUGAGAGUAAGUCACUCGUGGUGAGGGAUUUCGAGGGUUCCCAACGAGUUUUCAAGCUUAGACAGCGAGCCCUCCACGUCUUCCAAGAAGCUGCAAGAGUAUUGACCUUCCGUCGUGUCAGCGAGGACAACGAUACGAGCGAUAUCGAGCGGAUUCGUAAUCUCGGAAAUCUCAUGAGCAAAAGUCACACAAGUUUGGAUGAACUUUACGAGUGCAGUCAUCCAUAUGUAAACGAGCUUGUACAAAUGGCGAUGGAUUGCGGAGCGAUGGGCGCCCGUCUCACCGGUGCUGGGUGGGGUGGUUGCGUCGUCGCCAUAACGACCAAGAGCGAGGUAUCACUAUUCGUGAGAGCUCUCAGGGAUAAACUGAAGCGGGCACGCGAUGUAUCGACGGAAGAUGAGCUCGAUAAUCUUGUAUUCCCUACGGAACCAAAUCGCGGUGCCGAUCUCUACGAUCUCUCGUAAAUCGUCAACUUACUCUCACCUCGCAUACACUUUGGCAUCCUUUUCUACUGGUGCUUCUUCCCCGUUGAAUGGGCCGGUGGCACAAGCGAGACAACAAAAAUGAAUUACGGAAUAAACGGCGUUAUGAAUGAUCUAUCAAUAAAGAUAAUAAAAGGGGGGGAAUUAUUACAGAAUAAAAACGGAAAACGUGGCCCCAUUUUGUUUUUUAACGUUGAAGUAUACGGAAGGAGGGAGAAAUCGAGCAUUAUGAUUGUAAGGAAACGGACGUCGGAAUGUUCUACGAUAUACAUAAAUUGGUAAAUUAAUGUGCGGAUAUAUGAGAAAUAAAAGAAGGUGAUUGAAGUAGCCGAAA